UCUGUCCACCAGGGCCUCAUUGAUGAGCAGCUGAGCCACAAGGAGAAGCUGUUCGUCCUGACCUUCGGCACCACCACCAGCGCCCUCUGGCCAGACCCCGUGGACGUCAGCGCCUCCAGCCUCCAGGAGCUCAGACUCUGGGUAAGGAAGCCGCAGCCGGAAGGAGGCAGCAAUCUGCUCCAAGCCCUGAGGAAAGCCUGCGCUCUCAAGGGGCUGACUUCUCUGGUGACCAUACUGGGAAGCUGCCCAGACCAGCCUCCUGAAAUCCUGUCUGACUACAUCCAACAGGCCACCCUGGGCAGGGGCCUCCACACCCACCUUGUCACCUACCAGUGCGAGGACCGGGUGCCCCCCGCUGUCCUGAAGAACCUCGCGGAAGCUGUUGGGGGCCACUACCACUGCUACACCCCAGAGUUGGAGAUCUGUGCCAGCCCCGACAUCGAGGAGCUGCUGGCGGAAAUGCAGAAGGCCCAGAGCCUCCUGGGCCACGUCCACGCCCUGCACCAGAGCGCCACCUGCCCGGAGCUCAGUGGCCUGAUGAAGGAGAUUUCCACAGAGAUUGCCAAAGGGCCACUCAGAGAUCUCCUGCCUAAACCCCCAAAGCACGAAGCUCCCCUCACAAUUGAGUUCCCAAACUUGGACAAGACUUCUGCAGAAUGGCUCAAGGUCAAUGGCCUAAGAGCCAAGAAGCUGAGCCUUUACCAGGUCCUGGCGCCCAACGCGUUCGCUCCCAUUGAGGAAUUUGUGCCUAUUCUCCAGAAAACGGUGUCGUCAACUAUCCAUGAGAAGGCAAUGGUACAGCUUCAGUGGCACGACGGGACGGUGAGGAAUGUCCACGUGGACCUGCCCUUCCUCUAUGAGUACCAGAAACAGCUCAGCAGAGCCAUGCGGAUGUAUGAGAGGCGGAUUGAGUGGCUCUCACUGGCCAGCAGGAGGAUCUGGGGCACCGUCUGCGAAAAAAGGCUGGUGGUGCUGCUGGACCUCUCCGCGGCCAGUUCCACGUACAUUAUUCAUAUCCAGCACUCCCUGCGGCUCCUGCUGGAGGAGCAGCUGUCCAACAAGGAUGCCUUCAACGUCAUCGCGUUUGGGAGCACCGUCGAAAGCUGGAGGCCCGAGAUGGUGUCCAUGAGCCGCGACAACUUACAAAGCGCCUGGCAGUGGGCCCUGACCCUGCAGUGCCGCGGCAGCAGGAACGUCCUCGGCGCCCUGCGCAAGGCGGUGGAAGUGGACUUCAAGGACAAAGACAGACAACAGUCGCAGGGCAUCUACCUCUUCACAGGGGGCAUCCCCGACCAGGACAUGCCCACGCUCAGCGCCUACAUGGCUGAGGCCUCCGGGGGCUGCGACCUCCAGCUGAACGUGUGUCUUUUCUACGUUGGGGAGCCGCCGCUGGACACCACCCCACCUGCCUGCUACGCCAGCCGCACCGACACGGCCACCGCCUACCGCGAGGUCACCCGGGCCGCCGGUGGCCGUUUCCACUGGUUUGGAGACACAGGCAUUUAUGAAAGUGACGACAUCAACGCCAUCGUGUCUGAGAUGGAAAAGGCUCUCAACUACUCGCAAAAGUGUGCCCUCCUGGUGUCCUCCCUGAAGAACCAGUGCAGAAAGGACCUGGAGAGGGCAGCCCUCUCGAAAGAAAAGCCGAAGAUGCUCAAGCGCAGAAGCCAGCCUAAGAGACUCUAUCCUUCCGAGCCCACAGCCGCCUCGGCGGCCAGAACGACUCCAGCCUCAGGCCUCUGUCCUCCAGCUGCAGCCCGGUCAGCCAAAGAGCCUGGAGCCGGGAGGAGGAAGACCCACACCGGGGAAGCAGAGGCCGGGAGUCCCGAGGACUCGGUGUACAGAAAGCACGCUCAGCAAAGGGGCGCAAGGAGGACUGGCUCGUCUCUGGAGUUGCCCAGAAAGGACGCAGUCUGCUCGAGCCACGAGUGGGUAGCAAAUUAUGGGCUGAAAGCACUGAAGAUGGAGAUCUCCAGCCGCGGCCCCACUGGCACCCGUCGGAGGCUGGGGGCGCUGGGACACAGUCGGUGGACACCCCGGGAAACGGGAGCGUACGUCAUGUGCCUGAAGAAGGUGGCAAGAUGCUGUGUCCAGAGGCUGCAGUGGCUGCUAUCUGGGAGCCGCCGACUGUUCGGCACCAUUUUGGAGAAGAGAGUGUGCAUCCUGCUGGACACCUCAGGGUCCAUGGGCCCCGACCUGCCGCAGGUGAAGACAGAGCUGAUUCUGCUGAUCUGGGAGCAGCUGAGAAAGCACUGUGACAGCUUUAACCUCAUCAGCUUUGCAGAGGGCCUGCAGCUGUGGCAGGACUCUCUGGUGGAGACCACAGACGCAGCAUGUCAUGAGGCCACGCAGUGGGUGACCCACCUGCGUGCUCAGGGCAGCACCUCAGUCUUGCAGGCGCUACUGAAGGCGUUCAGCCUUCGCGAUGUGGAAGGGCUGUACCUCCUGACCGAUGGGAAGCCGGACACAAGCUGCAGCCUCAUUCUACGUGAGGUCCGGAGGCUCACAGAGGCGCACCGCGUGAAAGUGCACACCAUUUCCCUGAGCGGCGCAGGCAGGGCGGAGGGUGCCUUCCUGAGGAACCUGGCCUCCCUCACUGGGGGGCGCUAUCACUGCCUUGUUGGUGAGGACCUGGUCUCCCACAUUCACCGCCUGCUCAAGAGCUUCCUGCAUGACCGGGACUCCGUGCUGCCACUGUUUGAAGGAGAUGAUUUGAGGAGACUGGCUCAGGAGGCCACCGCGGCUAGGAGCCUCCUCUGGCAAGCCCAGUCACUCACUCAGGUAUGCCCUUCAGCAGCCCCUCCCACGCCAUGUGGCUGCAGUCCUCCCGCCCUGGGCACACGCCCUUGUCCCAAGAGCUCCUGCUUUGCUCCUCUCCACCGGGCCCAGAAUCUGAGCAUGGGGAACCCCAUUCCUUCAUUCCUGUCCACUAGGUCCCAGCUCCAGAAGAAAAACUAUGCGGAACCUAAGGUCGCUCUUUGUAGAAAAGCCUUCUCGGGCCCUCAUCUGCAGUUCCAUCUGCGGGGGGUCUCCUUCCAGCGGAGGCUCCUCCGAGGCCUGGGAGCUGGGAUUGGGUUCUGGUGCCAGAAGAGCAUAGCAGUGCAUCUCUACAGCAGUGAAUUCAGGGACCUGGUGCUGCUCCGGGACCUGGUGCUGCUCCAGGGCCUGGUGCUGCUCUGGGGCCUGGGCCAGGACUUAGUGCUGCUUCGGGACCUGGUGCUGUUUCGGGACCUGGUGCUGCUCCGAGAUCUGGGCCGAGACCUGGUACUGCUCCGGGACCUGGUGCUGCUCCGGGACCUGGUGCUGCUUCGGGACCUGGUGCUGAUCCGGGACCUGGGCCAAGACCUGGUACUGCUCCGGGACCUGGUGCUGCUCCGGGACCUGGUGCUGCUUCAGGACCUGGGCCGAGACCUGGUGCUACUCCAGGGCCUGGUGCUGCUCUGGGGCCUGGGCCAGGACCUGGUGCUGCUCUGGGACCUGGGCCAGGACCUGGUGCUGCUCUGGGACCUGGGCCAGGACCUGGUGCUGCUCUGGGACCUGGGCCAGGACCUGGUGCUGCUCUGGGACCUGGGCCAGGACCUGGUGCUGCUCCGGGACCUGGAUCUGGUGCUGCUCCGGGACCUGGCGCUGCCUCAGGACCUCGUGCUGUCUCAGGACCUGGUGCUGCUCCGGGACCUGGUGCUGCUCCUGGACCUGGCGCUGCCUCAGGACCUCGUGCUGCCUCGGGACCUGGGCCGGGACCUGGUGCUGCUUCAGGUCUGGGGCCUGGGCCAGGAGCUGGCAUUGCAGCAGAAGACUCAGUCCACACCUGUGCAGGCCCCGAGACAGAAGGUUCUGGUGACUGGAGGAGGAGGCUACCUGGGCUUUAGCCUCGGCUCCAGCCUGGCCAAGAGCGGCACUUCUGUCAUCCUGCUUGACCUCCGCAGACCCCAGUGGGAGCUGGUCCCAGGGACUGAGUUCAUCCAGGUGCAGGGAUGA